UCGAGGCAUGAUGGAACCUGUGCAUUUGCCCCAGCGCGUGCACACAGAUGCGCACAAUGGUGACAUAAGACGGACUCCGCCUCUCUCGUGCAACCACCGGGCGUGAGUCGAAGAGGCAAGAGUCGCAUGUCCGACCCGACCCUGACCACCACUGCGCCCCGGAGUCCGGCAUGCUGUACCGCAAGCCAAGCUGAUAUCCACUUCCAAGCGUACAAGAGGGGUACAUGACCCCUACAAACCCUAGGCCACCUGUCUGUACGUUUCGUUUCCCCCACCCCCAGCCCGAAUCGCCCGCGUUCGAUUCGGAUUGUCACCCUGCGCGGCCGCCAGCGUGCGAGCAAUCACAUAUACAAACGAUUGUACACUGUCCUACGCUGCUUCAACACCAGCAAACACACCCGAUUGCGAACCGCGCGCCUAUACACCCACCAUGACCACGAUUCUCAAAAUGCGCGCCUUCCCCGUCGCCUCGGAGCUGUUCAGUCCGCUCACCUCCCCGCUCACCACCUCUACCCGCUCCGGCGCCUCCAAAACCUCGCUCCCACUCUCUCUUCCGCGCUCCACGAAAUCUUCUGCCUCCACCGCGCUGCCCGAGAUGCUGAGCAUCUUCGUGUGCUUUGCGCUUGGGCUGUACAUUGCGACGCAGAUGUAUGGCUUUGCGCUGGGGGUCGUGGACAAGGACUUGCCGAGGGCGUUUGCGGUGUGCUUUUGUGUGGCGUAUGUGUUUCAGCUUUAUGUGGGGUGGCUGGAGGUUAGGGAGGAGAGGAGGUGGAGGGAUCAGGAGAGGGCUAGAAGUAAGGGAAAUGCAGAUGGGCGAUAGAGUGUAGAAAGAUUGGAGAAGGAUUGUUUGUUGUGCAUCACUAUUACGGUUCUUCCACUGGUUUUCAAAAGCAUGAAGAAUAGAGCGGAGCAUACUCGGAGGGAUAAGAUGAUAAAAUAGCGAUAGAAGAGGAGCAUUUGGGAUUGGCAUAUGUCAUAUUUGCUGGCGGUGGAGCGGAACUUCACUUCACGAACAGUAUACCCUUAGCAGCAUGUUCUUUUGGCGCAUUACUGGAGAGCGACCGCGGUCGCAGUCGUUUUAUGGACUGGGUUUUCAUUGCACAUCACAGGUAUAGAGAUACACGGCAGCGACAGCAUACAAAACAAGAAUUCGCUUAC